AUGUCUCAUGGUCUCCUCCUCAGGCUGUUUCUUUCUCCUACACAUUUCUCUGUUCAUGUCGCCUUGCAGUAUCUGAUGAUCUACUCGGACAGCAUUGGGAUCACAUACUACCUCACUCGUCGGCUCAGGGAGUUUACCAUCGAGGAGCUGCGUGAUGUAUGGGGCUUUGUAUGUCAUCUACUAGUCUCCAGACCGUCCAAGUCGCGAGCACUCGAGUGCUUUGUGACCGAAGUCGCUGGCAAAUCAACACAUGUAGCUAUGCUCACCUUAUGGUUCAUGCAAGCGUCUCUCCAGGACCUCGCGGUGUCCGGCCAUGACAAUGAAUCUUUCGUCAUAUGUCAACGAACACUUCUCAUGUGCCAUGAACUCAUAUUCGGUGACCUUCCCCCACCCGUGUCAACUCCAUAUCCCAGCCAAGUUCCUACACCUAAACGUAUCUUUGCUCGUAAAAAGGUGAAGGCUCACGUGGUCCCGGCAUUUAUUGGUCUAGGCAUGAUCUUGGCCGGCUCUCCAGGGAUGCCCCAGGUCACAGAAGUCAUGGGUGAGGUGGCCAUAGAACAAGGACGAAUGGAUGACCUAGGCACCGACUUGAAGAGCCUUGAGCGUUACGACAAUGACCUCGCGCAGGUUGGUCCAAUAUCGCCCUCAAAGGACUCUUCAGAGGACGAUGAUGACCCGGACAGCCCUGGACUCGCCUCACCCGAUAGCGAGACAUCGCCACAUAAGGGUGCUGUAUUUGAGGGCGGUCUCGACGCGAACGGCCAACCCGUCUCUCGCCUGGCACGGCGGCGCACCAUCGGUGCGGCUCAGACAACACCCGCACUGCCAUUGCACAUGAAGAAGGAGCGACAGCCCAGAUUUUCGGAUGAUCCUCUCGGCCAGUUGGACGCCCCUUCACCCGUACCCACGUCGACCCCUUUCCAGUCAUCUCCUUCGUUAUUCACUACGAAGCAACCUCGAACCAACAGUCUAACGCCAGCAGACGUUCUUUUGAACCGGUAUGAUAUGCAGUCUCAGAUUCUCCUGCUACGUAGUCAUUUCUGCCGUUCUGAGAUUCAAUUUCUCCUCAACUUGGAGAACAUCUCCAAUAGACUCUUGGUCGUGCCAAGACUCGCUCGCGUUAGCGCGUUGAGGGCUGAGCUGACUGCUCUCAACCACAAACUUCCCGCUGAGGCAAGUUUGUCCUCGAAGGUUUGCAUGCCUAUGUGGUGCACAUGUACAGAUUCUCCUCAGCCCCCAAAUGGUGUCCCGUCGCCACAUCAUCGAAUAGUUCGAAUACCUCCCGGUGAAUGUGUAGUUCUUAACUCAGCUGAACGCGCACCGUAUCUACUAGUCAUCGAGAUUCUCAACAGCGACUUGGAUUUUGACCCUGGGAAGCGAGGCAACAAAUCUGUACUCCAGAAGAUAGUCACCAAGGAGAACGAGCGAAAGGGCGCGUCUCGAGAUCUCAUUCCAUUCACUACCAAGGCUUCGUCCAGUCGACACAAACCGCCUCCAGAAGUCGUAAACAGCUCCGACGCUUCUCCUCCGGAGGAAGAGGAAAUUGAUCUGGUCGAACAAGUAUUCGGUGCUGAAGAGUUCCUGCGCUCACGCGCCAUCGAUCUGUCUGAGUCCAUUGUGCUCCCACCUCCCCUGAAGAACAAAGACUUGGACAUCGCCACAUGGUCGCGGUCAUCAUCCAUUCCACCGUCCCCAUUUCUGGAUGCCUCCAACAGCACCUCGUCUUCCCCAUAUUUCUCACCUGUCAUGCACCGGUCUCCAUCAUCACGUUCACAGGUUGCCCCAUCUCCCAACCAUCCAACUGCUCAAUCAUCACCGAAUGGCCGAGGUCUGGCACUGUCUCUUGAAGACUACUCUGAGCGUAUGCGUACGGCAGCCGUCAUGCUCGCUCAGCUGAAUGCUAAUCUCGUCUGGGAACCGAAUGCUCCUGCCCCUGUGCUCCCACCAGGGCCUAUACAUCCCUCUCUCACCGGCAUGUCUCAUGAGCCACAUCCGGGCGCGCCGUCCUUGCCGCGGAUGAAGCUGCAGCCCGCAGAGGCAGCGGCGAUACGAGACCGUAUCAUGAAGGAGAUGUUGGCCCUUGAGGAGGAGAGGAUGGAGAGGAUGCGCGAGACGGGCGUGAUGAAGCUAGGGAUCGGGAGUGGGGAUACGAACACAGCGGAGGACGAGGGGAUCAUUCGGCGAGAGCUGAAUAAGGUCGACCCGUCAGCAGUCGUGUUCAGUGAGUCCUGGGCGACAAAGAAGAGCCGAGUGCGUCAGGGGUCGCCAUACGGCCACCUGGCCAAUUGGGAUUGCUUGUCGGUGAUCAUGAAGACGGGCGGCGAUCUCCGUCAGGAGCAACUCGCUGUGCAACUCAUCCAAGAGUUCAAGCGAAUAUGGCAAGAAGAGAAUUGCCAAUGCUGGGCACGGUACUUCCGCAUUCUCAUUACUGGGGGCUCCUCUGGUCUUGUGGAGACCAUCACUGACGCCGUAUCGAUACACUCGAUCAAAAAGGCAGAAUAUGCACGACGGCUGACAGAAGGUCGGUUGGGGCACGUUACCCUCUUAGACCAUUUCAAAAAUACUUACGGUCACCCUUCAUCUGCCAAGUUCGCACGAGCGCAGCGAAACUUUGCGAAGUCACUAGCGGGCUACUCUGUGAUCACCUACCUCCUCCAGAUUAAGGACCGCCAUAACGGCAACAUCUUGUUGGAUCGCGAGGGCCACCUCAUUCACAUUGACUUUGGGUUCAUGCUGUCGAACUCGCCCGGCAACAUUGGCUUUGAGGCCGCACCAUUCAAGCUUCCAUUGGAGUAUGUCGAGGUACUCGGGGGUGUAGACAGCGAGCCGCUACGCGAGUUUAGGCGGCUGUUCCGCGAGGGCUUCGAGGCGGCACGGAAGCACUGCGACAGGAUCGUCACGAUGGUCGAGUUGAUGCAGAAAGACUCGACGUUGCCAUGUUUCGCGGCGUUCGGAGCACAGACUGCUGUGCAACUGCGUGAACGGUUCCAGCAAGCCCUAACGCACUCACUUGUCGCAGAGCACGUCGAGCGGUUAAUCGAUACUUCCCUAGGGUCCAACUGGACACGACUGUACGACUCGUAUCAAUACUACUCGCAGUCCAUAUUAUCAUAA